GGAGCAGCAAAAUCCAAGGGUGUAAUUGUAAAACGCCGUAGACCAUGGGGGUUGAAGAGCAGAGACAAUUCCCCAAGCUCACGGCAAGCAACCGGCAGCUCGCCGCUACAAGCACGGUACCGCGAUUCCCAAUUCCAUCUCCACCGGCCUUCCUGAACUGAAAACCCUAGCGCUAGACAAACCUCGCGUAGUAAGCUCUUGCUUGCCGUAGCAUAAUACUAGUACGUUGCAAUGAGCUCGUCGCCGGCGAUCGCGGCUGCGUCGGCGGCCGUGGUGGCCCUGGCCGUCGCCAAUCGCGUGCUCUACAAGCUUGCGCUCGUGCCCCUCAAGGCCUACCCCUUCUUCCUCGCCCAGCUCACCACCUUCGGGUAUGUUGCCGUGUACUUCACAAUACUAUACGUGAGGUACCGUAGGGGGCUGGUGACGUGGGACAUGCUUGCGUUGCCAAAGAGUCGGUUCGCCGCCAUCGGCCUGUUGGAGGCUCUUGGGGUCGCCGCUGGCAUGUCCGCAGGAGCCAUGUUGCCUGGCCCUGCUAUUCCCAUAUUGUCUCAGUCUUUCCUGGUCUGGCAGCUUAUUUUCUCGGUCUUUCUGUUGAGAAGGACGUACUCAUUGAGACAAAUCACUGGUUGCUUCCUUGUAACCUCUGGUGUGAUUAUUGCUGUUGCAAGUGGAGCGAAUGAGGGUCACAUUCUAUCUGGCGUGAAGUUAAUUUGGCCAGUACUGAUGAUUGCUUCAUCAGCACUUCAAGCUGGUGCAUCUAUUUUGAAGGAGUCAGUCUUCGUUGAUGGCGCAAAACGUCUUAAGGGGAAGCGGCCAGACAUUUUUGUGGUCAAUUCAUUUGGAUCUGGAUUUCAGGCUCUUUUUGUCUUUCUACUUCUCCCAUUACUUACUAAUUUACGAGGAAUUAAACUUGCUGAGCUCUCAGCCUAUUUAAAUGGUGGUGCUGAGUGCUUCUUAAAUGUUGGAGAAAGUCUGAUCGAUUGCGGUGGAGCUCCAUUCCUACCAUUGCUUUUCAUAUUGGUGAACAUGGCUUUCAAUAUCUCGUUGCUUAAUUUGGUGAAGAUGUCAUCUGCCCUGGUUGCUUCACUUACCGCAACAUCAGCAGUGCCAAUAUCAAUUUAUAUCCUUUCUCUUCCUUUGCCUUACAUCCCUCAAGGCGCAAAGUUAAGCGCCUCUUUUAUCAUAGGUGGUGUGGUAUUGCUGUCGGGGCUGAUUCUAUAUAAUCUUCCCCAAUCAUCGAAAGAGUCAAAGACUGAUUGAAAACUGCAUAGGACAACAGAGUGUAUAUCACCACUGCUAUUGAAACUUAAUUAUUGGCUUAGUCCUGAAGCUGAAGAGUGGAUUUUCAGGCUGCUUGCACUCAUUUGUAAGUGUUUCGAAGGUUUGUUGCAUCAAUUCUUGAUAUGUCUAACAAUUCAUCAGGCAGUAGUACAUGCAUGUAACUUAGCAGAUUAACUAAUCUCUUUACUCAAUUUUGUUUUCCAAUGUACUAUAAAUGUGUCAUCUGAUAGAGCAGUGCACAUAUAUACUUCAAGUCACCGUAGUGUAAAACACACGUGUCAAUGUAAUAUGUUCUGAUGUUCAGAAAUAAGAACACUUACAGAAUAAUUGUUGAACUGUAAUUUAUAUGAGGUGUCGUCUGUUUCUCUAU